AUGGCUCUCUACAUGUGCCAUGCUUGCCAGCAAACAGGGCACUUUGCUAGAGAUUGCCCACAAAGGAGACCAAGUGACCCAUAUGUAGCACCAGCUAGACCAAUUCAGCCAUUAUCAAUAAUCCAUUCAGCUCAGGCACCACAGGGAGCUAGACCCCAAGGGAAAGUGUAUGCACUGACUACUGAGGAUGCGGAGGCAUCACCCGGAGUUGUCACAGCUAAUGAGUUUGCAGGUAUUGGUAAAGCAUCUUUUGGACCAGAUUGGAGUUGUGUUCUUAUUGUGGUGUUUGAAGAAAUUUUCAUUGCACUUGAUUCUGGCGCAUUAGAGCAGCUGAAAGAGUUGAGUUCCAGGCUCAGAGCUGUUGAAGAAUCAAUUAAUGAGAGCAGCUUCAUGACAGAGGUUAUUGCGAGGGAAAUGGCAGGAGGAUUGACUUCUCGUUAUGAGCAGGACCUGCAAAAACUGGAGCAGUAUUUGCCACUUUUAGAAAAUUUGAUGAUUCAUGUUCAGUCACUUAGCAACAAUCAAAUAAUUGUUCGUUGGACAUCAGGCCUUAAGAUAAGAUGGACUAGUGCUCUUAGUGCUUCUUCAAUUUUCAACCUUAGGGGCGCAAAGUUCUAUAAUAUUGAUAGUUUGCACUUAGAGCUUGGGAUGAACCUUUUCCUUUAUGGUGCAAUUUUGCGAGAAAGGGCUUUGAAAGUUCUAACAGAAGAUCUGGUGCAAUCUGCUACUCUGUACAGGAAAGCUGCCGGAGUUUAUCACUAUCUGGUUAAUGAAGUACUUCAAUCUUUACAACCUCCAUUCACUCAGGAAAGACCGCCAGAAUGUACCUCAUCUGUGUGUUCCAUUAUGAGCUUAAUUUGCCUUGCUGAAGCACAGGCUGUGACUACUAGAAAAGCUGGAGAAAAGGGUGCUACUCACAGUCUUUUAGCUAAGUUACACUAUGGCAUUGCAGAGUUGUUUGAUGAGGCUGGCAGUAUUCUACAUUCAGUGAAGAAAGACUCCAAAGAUAUUUCGGCACGCUUUGUGUUGCAGUUGCAGUUGCAGUUGCGGAGAAGAAAAGAUGUUGAAAGGGCCCACUUUUGUUUUUUCUCUCGAGAAACUCUCUUGGUGGUGUUUGAAGAAAUUUUCAUUGCACUUGAUUCUGGCGCAUUAGAGCAGCUGAAAGAGUUGAGUUCCAGGCUCAGAGCUGUUGAAGAAUCAAUUAAUGAGAGCAGCUUCAUGACAGAGGUUAUUGCGAGGGAAAUGGCAGGAGGAUUGACUUCUCGUUAUGAGCAGGACCUGCAAAAACUGGAGCAGUAUUUGCCACUUUUAGAAAAUUUGAUGAUUCAUGUUCAGUCACUUAGCAACAAUCAAAUAAUUGUUCGUUGGACUUCAGGCCUUAAGAUAAGAUGGACUAGUGCUCUUAGUGCUUCUUCAAUUUUCAACCUUAGGGGCGCAAAGUUCUAUAAUAUUGAUAGUUUGCACUUAGAGCUUGGGAUGAACCUUUUCCUUUAUGGUGCAAUUUUGCGAGAAAGGGCUUUGAAAGUUCUAACAGAAGAUCUGGUGCAAUCUGCUACUCUGUACAGGAAAGCUGCCGGAGUUUAUCACUAUCUGGUUAAUGAAGUACUUCAAUCUUUACAACCUCCAUUCACUCAGGAAAGACCGCCAGAAUGUACCUCAUCUGUGUGUUCCAUUAUGAGCUUAAUUUGCCUUGCUGAAGCACAGGCUGUGACUACUAGAAAAGCUGGAGAAAAGGGUGCUACUCACAGUCUUUUAGCUAAGUUACACUAUGGCAUUGCAGAGUUGUUUGAUGAGGCUGGCAGUAUUCUACAUUCAGUGAAGAAAGACUCCAAAGAUAUUUCGGCACGCUUUGUGGUAUGUAUCUUUUCUAUACAAUUGCAAACAAGGAUUUCCUUUGUCCUCAUUCAACUUUUCUUUUUCAUUAUAGUUGAAGUUGAGGUUGUAGUUGCAGUUGCAGUUGCAGUUGCGGAGAAGAAAAGAUGUUGA